CGAGCCUGGGCGUUGUUAUGAUUGUCCCUUGCUCUGGAUGCUGCCUGCAUUCCUCCACAGCAGCACUUAUCUGGAGUUAAUCGGGCACUGCAACGCCCCCAACCGUGGUUCGCGCCCACCUGCGACGGGCGGAUUCCCCUUCCUUCUUUCGCUUGCUCAUUUGCUUUCUUUCCCUCGGCUUGUUGUCAUCCUCUCUUCUACGAUCCCCUUGUCGUGUCUCUCCCUUGCCCAACCUUUCCCCUUCACAUUCGUUCGUUUUUGACAUUUUGGUCCUACUUGGAGGCGACCAUGUCUUUGAAAGACGUCUACCGGCGCUUCCUGGCUGACCCCAGGUCGGCGCCCCUGGCCUCCGAUGUGUCGUUGAUCUAUAUCACCACCACCACCAAGCUGGACGGCGCAUCCGCGGUGGUCAGCCACUUCACCAAGCAGCAAAGAAACAUCAAAACCAAGUCGGAGAUUGUUCUGGAUGCCAUCGAGAGCGCCAACUCCAUCUGCCUGGACAUUGAGAGCACCUACGAAUUUGUGUCUGGAAACGGCGGGGCGUAUCUUCCCUCGCUGGACGAUAACUUCCUGGCCGGCCACGUCGCGACUUUCCCCACGGUCCACAUCGUUCGCUUCAAUUCGCAGAAUGAGAUCCAGAAUGUCCGAAUCUACUGGGACCAAGCAUCGCUACUGAAACAGGUCGAUGUGAUCGGUUCUCGUGGUCGCGGCUGGCCGGUCCGCGAACCCAAGGAUCAGAUUCGCCUGAUCAAAAACUCGAUUGCCUCGGGCCCAGCUGACGACGGUCCUGCCCCUACAUCCUCGUUGCCCGCAGAUACCGAGAAGGAUGGCAACGAACCGAAUAAACAGGCCUCCCCGGGAAAGAAACACAUCAAGGAUCCCCACGCAGCUGACUCGCUAUUUGAACUCCUCUCUCCCGGUAAGGACCGGAGUGACCCGGUGCGCCCGCCCCGUGCUCCGGCAUCUGCGAAGCCCCCGCCGCGCGAGUACAGCGAACUGUUCGGUGACCAUGGUGACGUGGACAUUGACCCUCCCGGCACGCCCUCCCGGUCCAGGAAUACUGCCAAGGCUGGUGUAGGCAAGAACCACCAGGCCUCCCGUAUCUUCGACACUGAUGAGGCGGGCGCUGAGGGAGGUCACGAGCAGAUCGCCUACCGGGCUCACCCCAAGCGAUUCGACCACUUCGAGCUGGGUGCCGACAACAGCCAACGGGAGGUUCAUGAGAAACCCGGUCGUCCUGUAUCCCGCCAGGCACCUCAUUGGGAUUUUGAUGAUUUCGUGACACCGGAGAAGCCUAAGCGUCCACUUCGCGGGGAGGAAAUCCGUCACUUUGGCUGGAGCGAUGAUGAGCCGGACCUCACCUCGCCCCCGGUCAGACCCCGUGGGGGUCAAGCUCGUCCUGACGCCGAAACUCACUUCCAACUGGCAGACGCGCCGGAGGAGGACCAGAACGGCCCCCGCAUCAUCAGCUCCUACCAGAACAAGGGAAUGGGUCUCUACAAGAACCACCUGUUCAACGACAAGGAGGGAGACGAGAACGCCCCACUGUCGGUGGUCAACAACGGGCCCAACCGUAAGAAGGAAUUUGAAACACACUUUUCUCUCACCGAUGAGUCGCCACAGAAGGGUGCGGCCAGCCGGGAGAACCAAAAGCCUGUCCCCGGUGACCGGCAGAGGGCCCUCAAGAACAUGGAGUCGUCGUGGGAUAACUACGAUCAGUCACCCAGGCCGCCCGUCAAGAUGACGCCCCCUCAGCGUCGAUCCGUGCGGUAUGUGAACCAGCGCAACUGGGAAAUGGGUGACAAUUGAUAAUCUACCAAUUCGAUGAGCGUGCCGUUGACACCAGUAUCGAACCAGCAAUGUACUGGGGUCAAGCAUUCGCUCCUUGCUCCAUUCAUCCCGUGACGACGAGACUUGCCCCCCCCUCAUAUUCCCACUAGAUGAGCGUACCUAAAAGCCUGCAUAUGAUACUUUUAUUCCCGCCGUG